UUCUAGGUGUACACAGGAUUGUUAUUCCCAAUCAAAUGAAGAAGUACUUCAUUGUGAUGCAGAGUGUGUUUUACCCGGAUGAGAGGAUCAAUAUUAGAUUUGACAUGAAAGGCUGUGAGGUGGGCAGAUGGACUAACCCUGACACAGGAGGGGAAAACGUCAUUAAAGUGCUGAAGGACAAUAACUUUGAAGGGCAGCAUAUUGAAUUAGGUCAAGAGAAAAGCUGGUUUGCUGAUCAAAUGAAAGCGGAUGCUGCUUUCCUUCAAGAGCUGAAUGUGCUGGACUACAGUCUCCUGCUGGCCCAUCAGCCUCUGCACCAAGAUGAGCUGGAUGGGAAACACUCUUUGGCAGACCUUGUAAUUCGUACGACAAAGUCUGUGGACUUGCAAGACAGUCCCACUGGAUCGGACCCCACCAGCACUCCAUUACUGGAGCCGAGUGCAGGUCAGGUGGUACUAGAUACUACAGACUGUGGGUCAGAACAGCCACAGGGAGCAGCGGAGGCAACUGGUGAAGGGAUCCCCCUCCAGGAAAUAAACAGCCUUCCAAAAGAAACCAACACUGACUCAGAGCUGCAGGAAUUCGCCGAACAUCAUCGCCGGCUACUGCCUAACUGCAAAAAUGGCAUUCAUGUGAUAGACGGGCCAGAUCGCCGCUACUUUGUCGGCAUUAUUGACAUUUUUACUGUUUACGGUAUGAAAAAAAGACUGGAGAACAUAUGGAAAAACAUCCGCUUCCCAGGCAGAGCUUUUUCCACAGUCAGCCCCCGAAAAUACUCACGCAGGUUCUGCCAGUGGAUACAGGAACGCACUUUCUAACUAAAUGCAGAAAACAUCCAUCAUUGAUAUGCAUGGCACUUACCCAGUUCCAAGUGUCCACUGGCUGGAAAUCAAUAGGCAUAGUUCCUAAAUGUCUUUUCCAUAAGAGACUUUCUUAUGAAACUUACUUUCUCUCCAUUUUGAAAAGGCCAUACUGGUAACUGUUUUAUUAAAGGUUAUUUUUAAACAUUUGUAAGUGUGACUGUGUUGCAUGAUUUUGGAGAGAAAUAUAUUCCACUCUCUUGCCUUGUUGCCCUAAAUGAUUUAUUGAGGAUCGUAAGUGGAGUUAAUUUAUAUAGCAUCUUUCUAGUCUUCCAACCAAUCAAAGCAUUCUUACACUAAAUGCCACAUUCACCCAGAGGCUGCCAUGCAGUCAAAGCAUUAUACUUUCAUUGUGAGGACUUCUUUUAUUAAUAAGGAGCAAUAUAUUCUGCAAAGUAACUGAAGUCAAACGUUUUUUUUGUUUGAAAUUUGUUGGUUUUUGUAACAUUGUCUUUCAUAAGUGUGUGUAUCCUUACAUGCAUUUAGGGAAUUAAAAAGGGUUAAAAAGUGUCU